UGACCCUCGGCAGCGUGCCCUCCCCCGCUACCACGCAGUCAGAUCCGAGCGAAGCAAGAUGGAGACCCACCUUGCAGCGCUGAAUACCGCGUUAACCUCCAUCCACGACUUGCACGCGCGCACCGCACACGGCCGGCGCUUCGCCGCGUCCUCCACUUCUGGCCCUUCUUUCGCGCCGCUGCAGUCGACUUCGCUUCCCACACUCGGCCGCGAGCAUUUUCCGUUUACAAAGGCCGUGCUGAAUCCGGGCAACAACGACAUCCUCGACUUCAUACGCGAUGCCAACCAUCUCGAAGCAAGCCUCUUCUGGUACCCGCCAGCAGCAUCAUCGUCCGAAGCGACCUCAGCGGACGAUGGCGGAGCUGGCGGGAGGAGCACGGGCGGCAGACGCACCGUCAGCGAUGCACACGGCACAGGAACAUCCUCCAACGUUGCAGGCGCUGCGGGAACGCUUGACGGACAGCUCUCCGUCAUGCGCGCUCCAGCGCUGCGCCAAGCUGUCCCGCCGACGCCACUAAAGCCGUCAUCCAAGGAUCUCGAGUCGGCCGGCCUGCUCGUCUGGGACGCACACACCUUACUCCUCACCGCGCAGCGCCUCGCAUCCGGCUCAGGCGGCGACAAGUUCACGCGCACGCGAAAGCACAUCAAGGAGCUCUUGCGCAAAGCAGGGGACGUGGAGAAGGCGCGCAAGCGCUUUGAGGACCGCAGCGCCGCGAUGGAAGAAGCCAUUCGCCUCGGACCCGAGGUGCACGCGAAGAGGGUCGAGGAGGCACGAAAUCAGAAAGAAAAGGAGAUGCAGAACAGGAAUUUGCCGACACAUGCACUUCUGGCCAAAGUCAAGGCGAUGAAGGCCGAGUUGCAGCAGGAGGAGAUGGAGGUCUUUGCACUCGAGGAGAUGAAAAGCGAGCUUCUCGAAAAGCAGAAGCGACUGAUGACCAAGUCAAAGGUCAAGAGCGCCGCGCAAGAGCAGGAGGACACUACAAUGAUGAGCUUUGGCGAGUCAGCUGACGAUUUGGCCGCCAGUAUCGCCGGUGAUGGUUCGCAAGAAUUCAUCGGCGACACCAGCGUACCGUUCGCUCGUUCGACACGUGCUGCUAGCGCCAAAGGCAAGGCUGGUGGUCGAAAGUCUGACGCGGCUGCUGCUGCUGCCGCCACGGAUGCUGGACCUGCGGGAGAUAGCGCGCCAGAAGAGAAAGAUGACGACGUCACAAUCCGUCAUGAGGCGCCCACAACGAGCAAUGACGUGGGGUCCGAGCUCGAGCCACACGCUUCAGAGGACAAGGCAAAGGGGGUAGACAACGACAUGCUGGGAGACCUCGACUCUGACGAGGAUGAAGACAACAUUCCGGAAGCGACGGACGAGCUGGAGCGUGUGACGGAGAAGAUCUGGAGCGUCUUUGGCGAUGUCGUGCGCUUUGUCGCGCCGGAGCGCGAGGGCGCCGACUUUUCCGAGACGCUCAAGAUGCUCGAGGUGCUUAUCGGUGCUCGCUCACCUGCUAGCUUGAGCAGUGCAGCCGCGGGUGGGGGCGCAACGGCAGUGCUUACAACCGUCGCAGGAUCUGGAGGUGACACGAGCGUCGCGAGCAGCGCCCAUACAGGCACAUCUGGCGCGACCAAUUCCUCAGCAGCGAGCGGUGCAGCGGGAAGCCUGCCGAAUGCCGGACCGCCGACGCCGACGAACAUGGCCGCAGCGCACGUGCUCGUCUCGCUGCUGCGCACGCCCGAGCCGCACCAGCUCGAAUUCGAGGACCUCAGGAUCCUCACCAGCAGCUGGUGGGACGCCGUCGACGGCGAUGGCCACAACGACGGCGGCAGGGAGAAGUGCAGGGCCAUGAUGCUCGAGGGCAGGGCACAGGCGCCCGAGAGCGAGUUGAUGAGUGGAGGAGAGACGCUGGCUGCGCGUGCAAUCUAUGGCUUGCAGGCGAAAAAGUUGCUCGUGAUUCGCAGAAAGGGUGCAAAGGCUCCUGUGGGCUUUGCGGGCUUGUAAUGUUAUUUCCUCAUCCCCUUUUAUGGGCCAUCGGCU